UCCCUCUUCGAGCGCCAGGGCAUGGCAGCCCACUCGGGGGUCCUUGCAGGAGCUGAGAAGCCCCAUGUUUCACUGCGCAAAGGAAUUCCACGGACAAAAUCUGUAGGUGAAGACGAGAAACUUGCUGCCUCUUUGCUAGAUGGGAAGUUUCCCCGGAGCACAUCAAUGCAAGACACCGUUAGGGAAGGACAUGGGAUUCCUCCACCACCUCAAACAGCCCCACCCCCACCUCCUUCUCCAUACUACUUUGACACAGGCCCCCCUCCAUCCUUCUCGCCACCUCCACCCCCAGGAAGAGCUUACGAUACCAUAAGAUCAAGCUUUAAGCCAAGCCUGGAGGCUAAACUCCACGGACUCCCACAGGUCAUUAGCGCAGCCGAGAUGUAUGAUCAGGCGAGGACUUCCAUUCCUUACCCUGAAAGGCAGAAGAGGGCCCGAUCCAUGAUAAUCCUACAGGAUUCCUCUCAUCUUCCCGUGGAGCCAACAGAGAUCCCCCGGCCUGGCCCUUCUGCAACCCCCCCAGAGAAGCUGAAGAGGAAGGGGAGAGUGAUUGACAACCCUUACGCCAACAUGGGUCAGUUCAACGUCAGCCUGUUUGCUCCCACCAAGCCGCAGAGGAAGAAGAGUCCCCUUGUUAAGCAGCUACAGGUGGAGGAUGCACAGGAGAGAGCGGCGCUGGCCAUCACCGGGGGCUUUACAAGGGAGCCCUCUCCCACCCGCAGGAGCCAUCGCCUGAGUGGAGUGGAAUAUCAGCACCACACCGGCAUUGCUCAGGUCGAAGCCACGAGCAUCCCCUUCGCCACUGCCAUCGCUGGAGUCAUGAAGGACAGAGACCGUCGUCUGGAUGAGAGGCGGAAAUCCACUGUCUUCCUCUCGGUCGGGGCCAUCGAAGGAAGCCCCCCCAGCAGCGACAUGCCAUCCCUGCAGCAGUCCAGGUCUAUUGAUGAGCGGUUGUUAGGAAGCCGAGAUGUACUACUGCCUUCCCCUGUCUCAGCUUUAAAGCCAUUAAUUAGCAGCUCAUCCUCAACGUUCAUCCACCCCCUAACAGGAAAGCCCUUGGAUCCGAACUCACCACUGGCGCUUGCGCUGGCCGCAAGGGAACGGGCCCUCUCAACUCAAGUCCCAUCCCGGUCGCCCACCCCAAUCCACAGCCCAGACUCAGAGAGAGCAGCACCCCUGUUUGUGGACAUCCAAACCAAAGAACCAGAGAGGGGGGAGUUGGAGAGCUUGGUGUCCCCUGCGUACUCACCUGGAGGCAAAGGGUGGGGGACUCCGUCCACACUGAGAAAAGAAACCGAGGCAAGAGCAGAAACACCCGGGAAGGAGGAGAAAAAACAAGAAGACAAGAAGUCCAUGAUUAUUAGCAUAGUGGAUACAUCACAGCAGAAGACCGCUGGCCUCAUCAUGGUUCAUGCCACAAGUAAUGGCCAAGACGAGAUAGGACUUGAGAUAAAAGAGGAGAAGCCGGCUGUCCCUGAAGCAUGCACAGAGCCAGCGGAGUCCCCCAAAGCAGAGACCCAGCCCAGUCCCGUGGGGAAGCCUCCAGUCAGUCCAGCCUCUGACAAGACGUUGGGACAAGGCAGUUCGGAGGAAGAAGUGGAGCCCUACACGGUUACCCUCCCACCAGCUCAGUUGUCCUCAAGUGACGAAGAGACCAGGGAGGAACUGGCCAAGAUAGGGCUGGUGCCUCCACCAGAUGAGUUUGCGAACGGGGUACUGGUCACCACCCCUGGCACACCAGUCAGCCACCGGGCUACGCCUAGCCCGCCAUCCAUACCAGCGGCAGCAGUAGCACCUUCUACCACUGGCGGAACACCCUCAGGGAAGCCCUCUGAUGCCCCCGUAGCCCCAGAGUCUGCUGCAGACUCGGGAGUGGAAGAGGUGGACACCAGAAGUUCAAGUGACCAUCACCUGGAGACCACAAGCACCAUCUCUACGGUCUCCAGCAUGUCUACGUUGUCCUCAGAAAGCGGGGAGCCUACUGACACAUACACUUCCUUUGCGGAUGGACAAACUUUUAUACUCGAGAAGCCACCAGUGCCUCCAAAGCCAAAACUCAAGUCCCAGCUCAGCAAGGGGCCAGUUACUUUCAGGGACCCACUUUUGAAGCAGUCUUCGGACAGCGAGCUCAUCUCCCAGCAACAUGCGGCCACUCUGGCAUCAGCCAGCAUUGGCCGGCCACGCUACCUCUUUCAGAGAAGGUCCAAGCUAUGGGGGGACCCCAUGGAGAGCAGGCCAAUCCAUGGGGCUGAUGAUGACAAGCCAACUGUGAUCAGUGAGCUAAGUUCCCGACUACAGCAGCUGAAUAAGGAUACACGAUCACUGGGGGAGGAACCAGCCGGAUCCACGUUAGAUCCCGGGAAGAAGUCACCUGUGGUCGCGGCACGGUAA